AUGCAGUUCUCCGUUGCAAUCUUUGCCCUCCUGUCGGCUCUGGUAGCCGCCGUUGACGACAUCCCCAGCACCUCCACCGUCUGCGAGUCCGGCCUUCUGAACAGCUGCGCAAAGAGCGUUGACGGAAAAUCGCGCUGUCUCGUCCUGGGCGGCAUUCCGCUUUGCGCUACAAAGUGCCAGGACAGCGAAUGGUGCCCGGACAGCUGCAAGAAGAAGCAGUUUGCCGACGGCUUCUGCACCAACGGAGACAACCCUUGCAUCUGCACCAACAGCGACCCCAGCGUUGCUCCCAACUAA